AUGUCUAACGUAUUUACGCUCUUUUGCACAAUGUUCUUCUCAUUUGCAGCUUUAAUAUUGGCCUGUGUCGCAUGUGCAGGCUCCACAAAAAAUUAUACGCCUAUUAAUCUAAUAUAUGUUGCUCAAAUAAAUUUAUCAAAGAUGGAUUUGACAAAAGUGAUACCAGAUAUAAGUUCUAGUUUGGAAUUAUCCUCUGUGUUACCUUCUUAUUUUAAUAUUGGUCUAUGGUCAUAUUGUAUAGAGAACUCUGCUAAGAAAGUCACAAGUUGUACAUCUCCUGAUGGGAUCGAGAAAUUUAAUUUGAAAUCUUUACUGUAUGAUAAUAUUCAAGAUAAUAAUGUAUUAUCAUUGAUUGAUUCGGUAGCGUCUUUGAUUCUGCCCGAUAAAUUGGAAAAAGAUAUGACUUAUUACAACGAUAUGGCUAAAUGUAUGUUUAUUACCAUUAUAAUAGGGAUAUGUCUAUCGUUUGUUUCUUUAGUGUUUUCUUUCUGUAGAAGUGUAUUCCAUUUGCGUUUAAUAACAUUUUUUGGUGGGUUUAUCGCUUUUCUAGCAUUUCUUUCUUUGUUGAUUAGUGUCGGUACUAGUAUGGCAACUUAUAUCUAUAUCAGACAUAUCCUUUCUGAUAACUACGGUGAUUAUGGGAUAUCCUUAACUCUGGGGAAAAGUUAUCUAGGUGUCUUAUGGGGUGCAGUCGUUGCUGCUUUCUUUAAUUUCUUCUGUUGGUGCUUCGUUAGAGCAACUCCAAGGGUAAUGUACGUUCAACCUCCAAUGAUGGAAAAGAGAGAAAUGUUAUGA